AGCCAUUUAGAGGAAGAAUACAUGUUCUGUUUUUUAAAAAUACAUCUCCUCGUACAGCGCCGUUACUGUGACAACGUAGAUAUUUUACAGGUCUGCACUUCAAAUGAACAGCUGUCCACCAGUAAUGUAGUAGAGCUCCAAAAUCACCUCAGAGAUUCUCCCAAGGCCUUGGAGACGAACAAGCAGUGGCUGGAAUAUGACCAGCAGAGAGAGGCCUAUGCGAGGGCACUUCUGGACAGAAUGUUAUGGCUGAAGAAGCAGCUGAAUGAAGCCAAUCAGGCCCGCUCACAGCAGCACAAUAAAGACUAUUCAGAUGAGGAGCACGGAAUUAGUCAGAUGCAGGAGUACUGUGAGGGGCUCUUGCAAAAAGCCAAAGAUCAGCUGGAGGUGCUCAGGGAGCAGGCCAACAUGACCCACCAGGACCUGAAAAGAACCCAAAACUGGCAUGAUAAAUUGUCACCAUGCAGACCAGGAAAGAGUUGCAGACCUGGAGCAACAGCGAAUGCAGUAGCGGCAGCCCUGGUAACCUGGGAACGCAGACUGCUGGCCAACAAGACCAUCCUGACCCUCAACUUGUUUGUGGCCGACCUGCUGUUUGUCAGCAUGAUCCCACUGAUUGUGGCGGUGCGGUGGACCGUGUCCUGGACGCUGGGCUAUGCAGCCUGUCAAACUGUGCUGUAUGUUAUCUGUGUGAGCGGCUGUGUCACCAUCACUACCCUGGCCUCCAUCAGUGUGGAGAGAGUCCAGGCUAUCCUCCAGCUGCAGACUGUCCCUACUCUGAACCCCAGGAUGGUGACAGCCACCCUCACCUUCAUCUGGGCCUUUUCUGCAUUCACAUCCAUUCCUCUCAGUGUGUUCUUCACUGUGAUGGAAGUGGAUUUCCCUGAGCAGGAACGUGUCCACAUCUGUACUCUCAAGUGGCCUGACACGACUGGAGAGAUUGUGUGGAAUGUAGCCUUUACAGCUCUGUGCUUCCUUCUGCCAGGACUCGUCAUUGUGGUCAGUUACAGCAAAAUAUUACAGAUUAUUAAAAGUUGUAGGCGAAGGCUCCAACCCAGAGACAGUCACUCCCCUGUUGGAGACUCGCUUGAGUACCAAGUCUCCCGCCAGGAUAUUAAACUCUUCCGCACCUUGCUGGUCCUUGUGCUCUCUUUCUUAAUCAUGUGGAGCCCUAUUUUCAUCAUCACCUUCCUCAUCCUGGCAAGAAACUUCCUGGGCCACCCGCAUAUCUCAUCUACAAUGUUCUUCUGGGUGGUAACGUUCACACUGGCCAACUCAGCCCUCAAUCCCAUCCUCUACUCUAUCUGCCAGUUCAAGAACAACUGGCGCAGGGUGUGCUGUGGCUCGGUUGUCGCACCGCUGAGAGAAGGACCUCGUGCCAGCCGUCGGACACAAGGAAUGCAUCCAUGAUAAUCUUGAUUGUGUCAUCAAAUAGGGAAUUCAAACUCACAAAGAAUACAGUAUGUUGGCCACAUUCCUGAUUAGUAAUACAUCUUUUAACCACUUAGAUUUCAGUAAUUUCUUUUUCACUCUACAAAAAUGUAUCUUACCUUGAAAUGCCAUACAAUAAAUGUUGUGUGCUGUAUCUUUAUUGGUAAAAACAACACAUGUUAGUAUUAGCUGAAAUACUCAGCUUUCAGCUAUUUGUGCCAUAAACAUUUUCAAUAUUGAAUUGAUUCUUAAAAAAAAGUAAAUCUGGUAUUCACAAACUAACUGCAUAUUAAGUUUAACUAUUAUUGUUUAGGUUUAUUCACAGCACUCUAAUAUAUUAUAAAAUUCUACAUAUCAGACUUUGUCAGGGAUAGAACA